CCCAUCGAACCAGGCGGGAGUGAAGCUGCAGUCCCUACUCAGGGAACACCGCGGCCGCAGGGUCUCCAUUUUAAGGUAUUCUCUAUUUUCAUCAUGGGCUUCUACCUGGCUUUGGCAUGGACUCUCCUGGUUGGGCCACCGAUGGUUACGGGAGCUCAGAACCCCAUUUUGUGGGAGGUACAGCGCUUUGAUGGAUGGUACAACAACCUCAUGGAGCACAGAUGGGGCAGCAUAGGCUAUCGGCUGCAGCGCCUGGUCCCAGCCACCUAUGCAGAUGGUGUGUACCAGCCCUUGGGAGAACCCCACCUGCCCAGCCCCCGAGACCUCAGCAACGCUGCCAUGAGGGGCCCUGCAGGGCAGGCCUCCCUGCAAAACCGCACAGUGCUGGGGGUCUUCUUCGGCUACCACGUGCUCUCGGACCUGGUGAGUGUAGAGAGGCCCGGCUGCCCCGCCGAGUUCCUCAACAUCCACAUCCCGCCCGGAGACCCCGUGUUCGACCCGGACCAGCGCGGGGACGUGGUGCUGCCCUUCCAGAGGAGCCGCUGGGACCCCAAGACCGGACAGAGCCCCAGCAACCCCCGCGACCUGGUCAACCAGGUGACGGGCUGGCUGGACGGCAGCGCCAUCUACGGCUCCUCCAACUCCUGGAGCGACGCGCUGCGGAGCUUCUCCGGGGGGCGGCUGGCGUCCGGCCCCGACCCCGCCUUCCCCCGCGAGGCGCAGGCGCCCCUGCUCAUGUGGAUCGCGCCCGACCCCGCCACGGGACAGCGCGGGCCCCAGGGGCUGUACGCCUUCGGGGCGGAGCGAGGGAACCGCGAGCCCUUCCUGCAGGCGCUGGGCCUGCUCUGGUUCCGCUACCACAAUCUGAUGGCCCAGAAGCUGGCUGAGGAGCACCCGCACUGGGGGGACGAGGAGCUGUUCCAGCACGCGCGCAAGAGGGUCAUCGCCACUUACCAGAACAUUGCCCUGUAUGAGUGGCUGCCCAGCUUCCUGCAGCAAACACCGCCACAGUAUGCAGGGUACCGGCCUUUCCUGGACCCCAGCAUCUCUCCAGAGUUCCUGGUGGCCUCUGAACAGUUCCUCUCCACCAUGGUGCCCCCUGGCGUCUACAUGAGAAAUUCUAGCUGCCACUUUCAGAAGGUCAUCAAUCAGAACUCAAGUGUCUCCAGAGCCCUCCGAGUCUGCAACAGCUACUGGAGCCGAAAGCACCCAAACCUACAAAGAGCUGAAGAUGUAGAUUCGCUGUUACUGGGUAUGGCCUCCCAGAUUGCUGAGCGAGAGGACCAUGUGGUGGUUGAGGAUGUGCGAGAUUUCUGGCCCGGGCCACUGAAGUUUUCUCGCACGGACCACUUGGCCAGCUGCCUGCAGCGGGGCCGGGACCUGGGCCUGCCCUCUUACACCAAGGCCAGAGCAGCGCUGGGCCUGCCUCCCAUUACCAGAUGGCAGGACAUCAACCCUGCACUCUCCCAGAGUGAUGGCACUGUGCUAGAAGCCACGGCUGCCCUGUACAACCAGGACCUGUCCCUGCUGGAGCUGCUCCCUGGGGGGCUCCUGGAGAGCCAUGGGAACCCUGGGCCCCUCUUUAGCACCAUUGUCCUUGACCAGUUUGUGCGGCUGCGGGACGGUGACCGUUACUGGUUUGAGAACACCAGGAACGGGCUGUUUUCUGAGGAAGAGAUCGCAGAAAUCAGAAACACAUCCUUAUGGGACGUGCUGGUGGCUGUCACCAAGGUGGACCCCAGUGCCCUGCAGCCCAAUGUCUUUUUCUGGCGUGCGGGGGACCCCUGCGCACAGCCAGGACAACUCAGCACCGAGGGCCUGCCGGCCUGUGUUCCCCCCGUCAUGAGGGACUAUUUCAAGGGCAGUGGAUUUGGCUUUGGGGUCACCAUCGGGACCCUCUGCUGCUUCCCCCUGGGGAGCCUGCUUGUCGCCUGGGUUGUUGCCCGGCUCCGGAGGAGAGACUUCAAGAGGCUCCAGGGCCAGGACCGCCAGAGCAUCAAGGCUGAAAAGUGUGUGGAGGGCAUGGAAGCGUUGGAAUGGCAGGGCCGCAAGGAGCCCUGCCGGCCUGUGCUGGUGCACCUGCAGCCUGGGCAGAUCCGCAUCAUGGACGGCAGGCUCUCUCUACUCCGUACCAUCCACCUGAGGCCUCUGCAGCAGAUCAAACUCAUCCUAUCCAGCAACCGCGGGCGCCGCACCCUGCUGCUCAAGAUCCCCAAGGAAUAUGACCUGGUGCUGCUGUUUAAUCUGGAGGAAGAGCGGCAGGCACUGGUGGAGAACAUUCGGGUGGCUCUGAAGGAGAGCGGGCUGAGCUUCCAGGAGUGGGAGCUGCGGGAGCAGGAGCUGAUGAGAGCAGCCGUGACGCGGGAGCAGCGGAGCCACCUCCUGGAGACCUUUUUCAGGCACCUUUUCUCCCAGGUGCUGGACAUUGACCAGGCAGACGCAGGGACCCUGCCCCUGGACUCGUCAGAGAAGGUGCAGGAGGCCCUGACGUGCGAGCUCAGCAGGGCUGAGUUUGCCGAGUCCCUGGGCCUCAAGCCCCAGGACAUGUUUGUGGAGUCCAUGUUCUCUCUGGCUGAUAAAGAUGGCAAUGGCUACCUGUCCUUUCGGGAGUUCCUGGACAUCCUGGUGGUCUUCAUGAAAGGCUCCCCUGAAGAGAAGUCUCGCCUUAUGUUCCGCAUGUACGACUUUGAUGGGAAUGGUCUCAUUUCCAAGGACGAGUUCAUCCGGAUGCUGAGGUCCUUCAUCGAGAUCUCCAACAACUGCCUGUCCAAGGCCCAGCUGGCUGAGGUGGUGGAGUCCAUGUUCCGGGAGUCGGGCUUUCAGGACAAGGAAGAGCUGACGUGGGAGGACUUCCACUUCAUGCUGCGGGACCACGACAGUGAGCUCCGCUUCACACAGCUCUGCGUCAAAGGGGUGGAGGUACCUGCAGUUAUCAAGGACCUCUGCCGGCGAGCCUCCUACAUCAGCCAGGAGAAGCUCUGUCCCUCUCCCAGAGUGAGUGCUCGCUCUUCCCACAGUGAUGUCGAGGCGGAGCUGACACCACACAGACUGCAGUGCCCCAUGGAUACAGAGCCCCCCCAGGAGAUUCGACGGAGGUUUGGCAAGAAGGUGACGUUGUUUCAGCCCCUGCUAUUCACCGAGGCUCACCGAGAGAAGUUUCAACGAAGCCGUCUUCACCAGGCGGUGCAGCACUUCAAGCGCUUCGUCGAAAACUACCGGUGCCACAUCGGUUGUGUGGUCGUGUUCUAUGCCAUCGCUGCAGGCCUUUUCCUGGAGAGAGCCUACUACUACGCCUUCGUCGCGCCACCCUCCGGCAUCGCAGAGACCACCUUUGUGGGCAUCAUCCUGUCGCGGGGCACAGCCGCCAGCAUCUCCUUCAUGUUCUCCUACAUCCUGCUCACCAUGUGCCACAACCUCAUCACCUUCCUGCGAGAGACCUUCCUCAACCGCUACGUGCCCUUCGACGCUGCAGUGGACUUCCAUCGCCUCAUUGCCUCCACUGCCAUCGUGCUCACAGUUUUACACAGUGCAGGCCAUGUGGUGAACGUGUACCUGUUCUCCAUCAGCCCACUCAGCAUCCUCUCCUGCCUCUUCCCUGGCCUCUUCCACAACGAUGGGUCUGAGUUCCCUCAGAAGUAUUACUGGUGGUUCUUCCAGACUGUGCCAGGCCUCACAGGGGUCAUAAUGCUCCUGGUCCUGGCCAUCAUGUACGUCUUCGCCUCCCACCACUUCCGGCGCCACAGCUUCCGGGGCUUCUGGCUGACCCACCACCUCUACAUCCUGCUCUACAUCCUGCUCAUCGUCCAUGGCAGCUUCGCUCUGAUCCAGAUGCCUCGUUUCCACAUCUUCUUCUUGGUCCCGGCACUAAUCUAUGUGGGGGACAAGCUGGUGAGCCUCAGCCGGAAGAAGGUAGAGAUCAGCGUGGUGAAGGCGGAGCUGCUGCCUUCAGGAGUGACCCACCUGCAGUUUCAGCGGCCCGAGGGCUUUGAGUACAAGUCAGGACAGUGGGUGCGGAUCGCCUGCUUGGCUCUGGGAACCACCGAGUACCACCCCUUCACGCUGACUUCAGCUCCCCACGAGGACACGCUCAGCCUGCACAUCCGGGCGGCGGGGCCCUGGACCACUCGCCUCAGGGAAAUCUACUCGCCCUCGCCGGACGGCUCUGCCAAAUACCCAAAGUUGUACCUUGACGGACCAUUCGGAGAGGGCCACCAGGAGUGGCAUAAGUUCGAGGUGUCAGUGCUGGUGGGAGGGGGCAUUGGGGUCACCCCCUUUGCCUCCAUUCUCAAAGACCUGGUCUUCAAGUCAUCGGUCAGCUACCAAGUGUUCUGUAAGAAGAUCUAUUUCAUCUGGGUGACGCGGACCCAGCGGCAGUUCGAGUGGCUGGCUGACAUCAUCCGGGAGGUGGAGGAGAAUGACUGCCAGGACCUGGUGUCCGUGCACAUUUAUAUAACCCAGCUGGCUGAGAAGUUCGACCUCAGGACCACCAUGCUGUACAUCUGUGAGCGGCACUUCCAGAAGGUACUGAACCGGAGUCUGUUCACGGGCCUGCGCUCUGUCACCCACUUUGGUCGCCCCCCCUUCGAGCCCUUCUUCAACUCCCUGCAGGAGGUUCAUCCACAGGUCCGGAAGAUUGGAGUGUUCAGCUGCGGCCCUCCUGGCAUGACCAAGAAUGUAGAAAAGGCCUGUCAGCUCAUCAACAGGCAGGACCGAACUCAUUUCUCCCACCAUUACAAGAACUUCUAGGCCUCCUGUCCAGGGGCUUCACCCACCGCUCAGCUGGGCAGGGGUUUGGGCCACACCUCACCUCGCCUCUGUACUUCCUGUUUCUGGCUCCCUCUGCCUUCUCCCCA